CGCCGAAUUAUUUUUGCUUAGACGCCGUCGAGAAUUUGGCAACGACUUUGACCUCUGCUGGUAUUGUUUAUUGAUUUUUUGGUUGCGUUUAAGAAAUACAAAAAUAUUUGUAAAAUAAAAAAGAAAAAAAAUGAAUACUACCAAGAUUGAAGAAGGCAACGAAUUAGUAAGACAGGCUGAAAAGAGCAUGAAAACAGGACUACUUAAAUGGCGUCCAGACUAUGACAUUGCAGCUGAUUGUUACACUAAAGCAGCGACUGCAUUCCGAAUAGGAAAAUCAUAUGAUCAAAGUAAAGAAUGUCUUUUAAAAGCGGCUGAUUGCCAUAAAAAUAAUAGUUCUUGGUUUCAUGCAGCCAAGUGUUAUGAACAAGUUAUUUUAAUUUGUAAAGAAACAAACAACUUGUUACAAGUUGAGGAGUUUGCCAAUCGAGCAAGUCAUUUAUAUCAGCAACAUGGUUCGCCAGAAUCGGCCGCAUCCGCUUUGGACAAGGCAUCUAAGGUUGUUGAACAAAAGCAUCCGGAGAUUGCAUUACGUUUCUAUCAAAGAGCGUUGGAAAUAAGUAUGAUUGAGGAUUCAACACGUUCUGCUGCAGAAUAUGCUUCCAAAGUUUCACGUAUUCUGGUUAAAUUACAAAUGUUUGAUCAGGCUGCUGAUGCUUUAAGGCGUGAGAUCGGUAUAAACCAACAAACUGAAUCGUAUGGUCAUAUUGGUAGACUUGCUGUGGUGUUAGUGAUGGUGCAAUUGGCAAGAGGCGAUCAAGUGGCAGCCGAAAAGGCAUUUAAAGAGUGGGGCAAUUGUUGUGAUCCCCAGGAAGUGCAAACAUUAGAAACUUUGCUGCAAGCUUAUGAUGACGAGGAUCCUGAAACCGCUCAAAUGGCAUUGAAUUCUCCAUUUAUAAAACACAUGGAUGUAGAGUACGCAAAGUUAGCACGACAAAUACCCUUGCCCCAAGGCAUAUUAUCUUCCUCAAAAACUGGUGUUAUUAAAAAUGCCGCAGCUUCAUAUACGUCACCUAAUAUGGAUGUAUCCAAUUCAGAGGCUGCUGCUGGUGGUAGUGCCAAAAAUGACGAAGAUGACGAUGAGGAAGGUGGACUUUGUUAAUUUAUUGUAUAUUUUUCUCUCCUAGCUUAAUUGUUUUAAUGCCAGUUAUUAUAUUAUAUUUGAUUGAUGUAAUUAACAACAAUGCAAUCUAAAAAUUUCAUUCCAAAUAUAAAGUCAAAUGUCGUUAAAUA